AUGCACACGCAAAUUGCCCUGGUGUUAGUGCUUGCAUUGGUAAAUGUAGCAAUUACUGUAAGUGACAUUACCCUGAAUGGCUGCAUGGACAAUUGUGGAAACGUGUCAAUUCCAUAUCCAUUUGGUGUAGGCACUUCUAAAGAAACAAGUGAGAAUUGUUUCUUGGAAGACAAAAUGAAUCUAACAUGCCAAAACAACAAUUUAUAUUCAGGUGUUAAUUUGCUAGUUUUAGAACAUGUUAUGGAUGUGUUGUUUUAUGUCUCCAAAAUUUGCAACACCCCCAACAGAGUGGCCAAUGACCUCUUUCUUAGAACUCCUAGUAAUUUCACCAUUUCCAGCAAAGAAAACAAUUUCAUAAGUGUUGGUUGUGAGACUUAUGGCUACCUCAAUAGCUUUAACAAUGGUGUGCAAUACUCGACCGAGUGCUUAACCGGAUGCUCCAAGUUCCCUAAUGAUGUUGUAACCAAUGGAGAUUGUUCAGGGAUAGGGUGUUAUGAAGUGGAUAUUCCUCCUAACAUGAAGAAUAUCACUAUAGAAGCAUAUAGAUUCGAUGUGUCUUCCAAUUACUUCCAAAGUUGUGGUCACUCCUUUGCUGCCAAACGUGGCUCCUACAGCUUUGACAUUAGUCAUUUGGAGAAUUUGCAAUUUGACACCAUCCCUAUGGUUGUUGAUUGGAGUGUUGGAGAUGAGCUGGGAUGUGAGGAUUUCAGGAAAGGAUUUCGAAAAGGUGCUUGCAUGAACAAUAGCUAUUGUCAUGACAUUGACAUUAGUUAUGGAUACCAAUGCAAAUGUGAAGAAGGUUAUGAUGGAAAUCCUUAUCAUCCCAAUGGUUUCCAAGGAAUCACUUAUCAGUACAUAAACACUACAUGUGCUCUGUAG